GAGAUGAGACCUCCUCCCUGGGGAUGUACACCACACCCAUCUGACAGCAAACACUCUGUUCUGUUUCUUCGUCCUGGAGAUUAAAGAGCUGCUGGGUGACAACUGAUUAAUUUCACCAUGAACACUCACUCGACUCCUGGCCCAUGGAUCCAGACUUCAGCCCGAACGGUUCCUCCUGAUUCGGAGCUUGUGACAAAGAUCGGGCAGAAUGGUACAUCCACCAGCUCACGAGGUUCCUUAGAAGGACCAGCAUACGUUUACAAAACUGACCAAGCUCAUUACAAUGACACUGGAGAUUUUGCAGCCUUAAUUGGAGGAAUAGUCUGCACUGUGCUGCUGUUGUUCAUCUGUACUAUUGCAGUCCUGCUGUGGUGCCUUUCCAGACAAAAAGGCUCGUAUGUCACCAACGAGACUGACGUCGACGAUGAGGAUGAUGAUGAUGAUGGCAAUGAUGGUGAAUCUGUUGGAUCUGAUACAGCGCUUCAGUCUAAGCAACCUCUAACGGCCAAAGAGGAAGACUAGAAUAAAGAAAUGAUGCAACCUGUUACAAUCAAGUAUCAGACCGAUGAGCUUGGUAGAUGUGUUGCAGGAAGAAACAGGAUAGAUUAUUUCUGAUUUUCAUAAGUAGCCCUCUUCUAAAGGUUAGCAGCUGGACACGUCGCCGUCCCCGAGCAAAACAUAACAGCGUGAAUAUUCAGAACCUGGACUUUCAUUAUAUCUUCUCCAUCUGGAAAUAAUUAUGUUCUGAUCUGAUGUUUAGGUUUACCUGUACCUUACCUUAAAGGUCAAGGACCAACACAUCACCUUGGGUAGAUUUGCUUUUAGUUAACACUCAGCUAGGCAAAUCAAUGCGGCUCCGUCUCAUUUCAGCUUGUUCUCAGAUUUUAUUCAGAAAGAAGUUUUAUGUUGAAUGUUCUGAUAAUUAAAUGUUACCGAGAAAAUGAGAAUAAUUAAUCAGGCAAAUAAAAACAAAGGCAGUUAGAGACGAAUAUUCUGCUAAACAUCACAUGGCGGAGGAAACAUCUUAACCAAUCAGCUGUGGAAUGAGAGCCAGGAUCAUCACUCCUGGAUAUAAGAAGCCAGCAUGUAUGCCUGGAUGUGAGGGAGUUUCAAAAAUAAUUUAAAAUGCUGAUAAUGUGUUCAGCCUCCGUUUGUAUUCGAUGGGAGAAACUU